CAGGGUGGUAUCAAUCUGUCAAAAAUUCCCCGGCGUCUGUUUUUGUUUACAUCCAGAAAAAUCGUGAAUUUUGUGUGGAAUUUCAACAGGAAGUAGUGAAAAGUAACCUUUGGGAUGAGUUCAGGUGGCAUGCUAUAUGGGGGUGAUGAAAUUGGGGCUCUGGUCUUUGAUCCGGGCCACCAAUCACUGCGAGUUGGUUACGCACAAGAAGACACACCAAAAGCGGAAAUUCCGGCUGUUGUGGGCGUCGGCCCUGACAAUAGUGCCCCCAUAACAGAGCUAGAAGCCCGUCCGGACAAUAAUAUAACUCCCAGCAAGAAUUUCAAAUACUACGUGGACACGACGUUCCUGAAUGUCCCAAGAUCAGCCCUGGAAGUUCAGACAUACAUGAAGGAUGGCAUGAUUGAUAAUUGGGAUCUCUUUGAGAAAGUCCUGGACUACACAUACACUAAGGUUAUUCAAUCAGAACCUGAAUACCAUCCAGUUUUGUUCUCUGAAGCUUCCUGGAAUGUCCGGAAUAACCGAGAGAAGCUGACAGAGCUGAUGUUUGAGAAAUACAACGUUCCAGCAUUUUUCCUCGUAAAGAAUGCUGUUUUAGCUGCUUUUGCAAAUGGAAGAGCCACAGCUCUGGUUGUGGACAGUGGAGCUACACACACUUCAGCAAUUCCUGUUCAUGAGGGCUACGUACUUACCCAGGCUAUAAUAAAAUCCCCCCUUGGCGGAGAUUACCUCUCAAUGCAAUGCCGUCAAUACUUGGAAGCUCAGGGGAUUGAUUUAUCGCCCGCCUACUGUAUCCAGGCAAAAGACGUCAUCAAAGAACGAGACACACCGCGAUUCACGCCGAAAAAACUCCCGGAAAAUCUUACAGCUUCCUGGCAGCAGUACAUGAUGAGAUCCCUCCUUCAGGACUUCCAAAUGUCCGUCGUUCAGGUGCUGGAAUCUCCCUACGAUGAGCGUACAGCCUCGCAAAUUCCAGCUGUUCACUACGAAUUCCCAACGGGCUACCAUCAGGACUUCAGUUCAGAGCGCUUCAAGCUUGCUGAGAGUCUCUUUGACCACACUAUGCUGGGUGCUGGUCAGCUGGCUUCCACGAGUGUUGGGAUGUGUGAUGCAGACGUUCGGCUUUCCCUGUAUGGGUCUGUUGUUGUGACUGGAGGGAAUUCUCUGCUUCAGGGCUUCCCUGAGCGUCUCAAUCGGGAUCUUCAGCUUCGUGCCCCCUCAAAUACGCGCCUCAAGAUGAUUUCUGCCAAUGGGAGCAUCGAAAGGCGCUUCGGAGCGUGGAUUGGAGGCUCUAUCCUUGCAAGCAUCGGCACAUUCCAGCAAAUGUGGAUCUCCUCACAGGAAUACGAGGAAUCCGGGAAGAGCCAAGUGGAGAGAAAGUGCCCCUAAAGUGCAGGAAGAAGCUCCACAAAAUAGUUUUUAAGUCUUUCAUUGGAAUUUAGUGGCGUAAAAUGUGAAAAUUGUGUGUGGAAUUAUAAUGAAGAAACUCAACAUCCGCAAA